AUGGUGCUGAAGGUUAAGAUGGAGGAGGUGACAGGGAUGGGCGAGUGCGUGGCGGCGUUGGAGGCGAAGCUGAGCGAGCAGGGCGACGCCAUGGCUGCUUUGAAGCGAGAGAUGGCGGACAUGCGCCGCGACAUGGCCCUCCUCAAGGGCUUGGCGGAGGGGGCAGGAAAAGGGAGCGCGUCAGGAAAGGCAGCGGAGGGCAGUGGCGCGCAGCCGCUGAAAGGCGCGCAGGUGGAAGCUGCGAGAAGGGAGGCGAGUGAGAUGCGCGGGGAGAUGGGCGCGCUGAAGGCGGAGCUUGCGCGGAUGAGGGGAGCGGCGGAGCGGCAGGCGGCGGAGGUGGCGUACGUGAAGGCGACGGCGGCACACUCGGAGGCGCGCAUCAACGACGUCGAGCUGGCGCUCGCCGCCAUCAAGGACGGCCGCGCGGAGAAACGCAAGGAGGGCAGCGGGGAAGGGCAGGCGGCGGCGGAGAGGCGCGAGGGGAAGAGGCGGAAGAGGGAGGAGAGGGGUGAGGAGGAAGAUAUGGCAGAUGUUCCUGGGGUUGAUGGGCUGGCGCUUGUCGUUGCUGGUCGUGCGCCUGAAGGAAAGCGAGACGAGGCGGAAAGGGACGGCGACGCGAAGGAGAAGGAGGAGGAGGAGGAUGGCGCGGAGUAUGUUGACCCGGAGGACGAUGUGCAGAAUCUGAGGGCGCGAGUGGAAGUGCUAGAGAAAUUGAGCGACAGGGAAGGCCAUGCGUGGGAGGAACUCAUCGCACUCUGGGUUGAGGUGCGUCCAGGCAAGGCUCGCCUGGACCUCAGCGGCGUAUGCCUCAUUGACGGUGCUCUCACUCGAGCCACCGCCCUGCGCUCUCUCACCCCCCCCUGCCUCCCCCCUCUCCUUCCCCCCCUUCUUCCCUUCCCCUCCCGUGCUCCUCCCGCCCCGCACCCGCCAGGGCUGGUGCACAGCGGUGUGCUGACAGCCGCCAUGCAGUGGAGCGGCCGCUCGCACGUGCUCUUCACCGUGCUGGGCCGCCUGCCCCAGAUUCAGCAGCAAGCGUCGGUCUUCAUUCUCCUGCUCACCUGGUCGCUCUCCGAGGUGAUCCGCUACCCCCAGUACGCCUUCUCGCUUCUCGGCUGCUGCCCCGAGUGGCUCACGUGGCUCAG